CAGACCUUGUGCCAUGGUCGCCCCUGACAUUGAGCUGAUCUGUGAAAUCAUGCUCGUGGCUGAAGGUUUUGUGGACGCCCGCUCAUUAGCCCGAAAGUUCAUUUCAUUAUACACACUCUGCAAGGAGCUCCUGUCCAAGCAGGAUCACUAUGAUUGGGGGCUUCGUGCUGUUAAAUCGGUCUUGGUUGUCGCUGGCUCCCUGAAACGAGGAGAUAAAAAUCGACCGGAAGAUCAGGUGCUCAUGCGAGCACUAAGGGACUUCAAUAUGCCGAAAAUAGUGACCGAUGAUGUCCCAGUGUUUCUGGGCCUGGUUGGCGACCUGUUUCCAGCCUUGGACGUACCCCGGAGGAGGGACACACACUUUGAACAGAUGGUCAGGCAGUCCACCCUGGAGCUCCGCCUGCAGCCUGAGGACAGCUUCAUUCUCAAAGUUGUCCAGCUCGAGGAGCUGCUGGCCGUACGACACUCUGUCUUUGUGGUUGGAAACGCAGGCACAGGGAAGAGUAAGAUUUUGAGAACACUGAACCGAACAUAUGUUCACAUGAAACAGAAGCCCGUCUGGAACGACUUGAACCCUAAAGCUGUGACAACAGAUGAACUCUUUGGUUUCAUACAUCAUGCUACCCGAGAAUGGAAAGAUGGUCUCUUCUCUUCCAUUCUAAGAGAACAAGCAAAUCUUACACAUGCUGGGCCAAAAUGGAUAGUGUUGGAUGGAGAUGUUGACCCCAUGUGGAUUGAGUCGCUAAAUACAGUCAUGGAUGAUAACAAGGUGCUGACUCUGGCCAGCAAUGAGCGGGUGGCCCUCACUCCCUCCAUGAGGCUUCUGUUUGAGAUACACCACUUGCGGACGGCCACCCCAGCCACUGUCUCCAGAGCUGGUAUUCUGUAUGUGAACCCACAGGAUUUGGGCUGGAAUCCGUAUGUGGCCAGUUGGAUAGACAGAAGGCAGCAUCAAUCCGAAAAGGCCAAUUUGACUGUUCUUUUUGAUAAAUACAUUCCUGCAUGUUUGGAUAAGCUGAGAACCAGCUUUAAAACCAUCACCCCUAUUCCAGAAAACAGCCUGGUACAGACUGUUUGUGCCCUUUUGGACUGUUUGUUGACUCCUGAAAAUGUGCCUUCUGAUAGCCCAAAAGAAGUUUAUGAAGUCUAUUUUGUUUUUGCCUGUAUCUGGGCAUUCGGAGGCACCCUGCUGCAAGAUCAGCUUUCUGAUGAUCAAGCCGACUUUAGUCGGUGGUGGCAUAAAGAGAUGAAAGCAGUGAAGUUUCCAUCCCAGGGGACAAUAUUUGAUUAUUAUCUGGACCACAGAACUAAGAAAUUCUUGCCUUGGGCAGACAAGAUCCCCCAGCUUACUGUGGAUCCUGAUGCUCCUCUACAGACAGUUCUGGUUCACACAUCAGAGACAACUCGUCUUAGAUAUUUCAUUGAAUUGUUGCUUGAAAAAGGAAAGCCACUCAUGCUAGUCGGAAAUGCAGGAGUGGGGAAGACGAUCUUUGUGGAUGAUAUACUGGCAAGUCUGCCUGAGGAUUACAUAGUGUCGCGUGUGCCUCUCAACUACUACACAACAUCGGCAGCCCUGCAGAGAGUUCUUGAGAAACGUCUGGAGAAAAAAGCUGGCCGUAACUAUGGCCCAGGAGGAAAUAAAAAAUUGGUUUAUUUCAUUGAUGACAUGAACAGGCCCGAAGUGGAUUUGUAUGGCACUGUUCAGCCACACACACUGAUGCGGCAGCACAUUGAUUAUGGACACUGGUAUGAUAGACAGAAAGUGAUGCUUAAAGAAAUCCACAACUGCCAGUAUGUGGCCUGCAUGACUCCCACAGUGCGCAGCUUCUCGGUCAGUCCCCGGCUGCAGAGACAUUUCACAGUGUUUGCAUUCAACUUUCCAUCUUUGGAUGCACUAAACACCAUCUAUGGCCAGAUCUUCAGCUUCCAUUCCCAGCACCGAGCCUUCGGUCCGUCAGUUCUCAGCAGCGGCCCCUCUUUGAUCCAGGCAACAGUAGCCUUCCAUCAAAUGAUGACACGGACCUUUUUACCCACAGCUGUCAAAUUCCACUAUGUUUUUAACCUGAGAGAUCUAUCCAAUGUCUUCCAGGGAAUUUUGUUUGCUUCUCCUGAGUGUUUAAAAGGCCCAGAUGAUUUAAUACACCUGUGGCUUCAUGAAUCCUCCCGUGUUUAUGGAGACAAACUGAUAGACACAAAAGACUGCGGCUUGUUUCAGAAAAAAAUACUGGAAACUGCUUACAAAUAUUUUGAAGGUCUCAACAGUCACGUGCUGCUUCAGCAACCCCUUGUUUACUGCCACUUUGCUAAAGGCGGGGAGGAGCCAUGUUACAUGCCAGUGAGGGACUGGGAAGCACUGAAGAUGAUUCUUACUGAGUCCCUCAGUACCUACAAUGAGCUCAAUGCUGCCAUGCAUCUGGUGUUGUUUGAAGAUGCCAUGCAACACGUGUGUCGCAUCAGCCGAAUCCUCCGAACCCCUCAAGGCCACGCUCUCCUGAUUGGAGUUGGAGGCAGCGGCAAGCAGAGCCUGUCUAGACUGGCAGCUCACAUGUGCAGCCUUGAGGUCUUUCAGAUCACUCUGACUACAGGCUAUAGGAUCCAAGACCUUCGGGUAGAUCUUGCCAAUUUGUACAUCAGAAUAGGAGCCAAGAACAUGCCCACCGCGUUCCUGCUGACAGAUGCCCACGUUCUAGAUGAGAGCUUUCUCGUGCUGAUUAAUGACUUGCUGGUGUCAGGAGAAAUCCCGGAUCUGUUCAGUGAGGAAGACGUGGACAAGAUAGUUUCUGGAGUUCGUAAUGAAGUUCAUGCUCUGGGCGUGGUGGACUCCAGGGAAAACUGCUGGAAAUUCUUUUUGGCCAGGGUUCGACUACAGCUCAAAAUCAUUCUGUGCUUCUCUCCGGUCGGUCACACGCUGAGAGUCAGAGUGCGGAAGUUCCCAGCCAUAGUUAGCUGCUCGGCUAUUGACUGGUUUCAUGCGUGGCCGCAGGAGGCUCUGGUCUCGGUCAGCAGGAGGUUCAUUGAGGAAACCGAAGGAAUGGAGGCAGUGCACAAAGAUUCCAUUAGCCUCUUCAUGGCCUAUGUUCACACAAGUGUAAAUGAAAUGAGUGCCAGGUAUUACCAGAAUGAAAGAAGACACAACUACACCACUCCAAAGAGUUUUCUAGAACAGAUAUCACUGUUUAAGAAUUUGUUGAAGAAGAAACAAAAAGAGGUAGCUCAGAAAAAAGAGCACUUACUGAAUGGAAUCCAGAAGCUCAAAACCACCGCCUCUCAGGUGGGAGAUCUGAAAGCCAGACUUGCCUCACAAGAAGCUGAGUUGCAGCUAAGAAAUCGUGAUGCUGAAGCUCUGGUCACAAAGAUAGGGCUUCAGACGGAGAAAGUGAGCCAGGAAAAGGCCAUCGCGGACUCUGAGGAGCAAAAGGUGGCAGCCAUUCAGACUGAGGUGUCUCAGAAGCAGAGAGAAUGUGAGGCUGACUUGCUCAAGGCUGAGCCUGCCCUGGUGGCUGCUACCGCUGCACUCAAUACACUGAACAGGGUCAACCUCACUGAACUGAAAGCCUUUCCCAACCCCCCAAAUGCAGUCACCAAUGUCACUGCAGCUGUGAUGGUCCUCCUGGCUCCCCGGGGCAGAGUGCCGAAAGACAGAAGUUGGAAAGCAGCUAGAGUCUUCAUGGGAAAGGUUGAUGAUUUUUUGCAAGCUUUAAUUAACUACGACAAAGAGCACAUUCCAGAGAACUGUCUAAAAGUGGUGAAUGAACAGUACUUGAAAGACCCAGAGUUCAAUCCAAACCUGAUUCGGACCAAAUCUUUUGCAGCAGCUGGUCUCUGUGCCUGGGUCAUCAAUAUCAUUAAAUUCUAUGAGGUCUACUGUGACGUGGAGCCAAAACGCCAAGCAUUAGCUCAAGCAAAUUUAGACUUGGCUGCAGCCACUGAAAAACUAGUGGCCAUCAGGAAGAAACUUGGGGAUCUGGACCAGCAUCUUCGCAGACUCACAGCUUCAUUUGAAAAAGCGAUAGCUGAGAAAGUCCGGUGUCAAGAAGAAGUGAACCAAACUAACAAAACCAUUGAAUUAGCGAAUAGGCUUGUCAGAGAACUUGAGACAGAGAAGAUUCGCUGGGGUCAGUCUGUCCAGUCCUUCGAGGCUCAGGAGAAGACCCUCUGUGGCGAUGUUCUCCUCACAGCAGCAUUCGUGUCUUACACUGGGUCCUUCACCAAACAGUACCGCCAGGACCUGGUGCACUGCAAGUGGGUCCCAUUUCUUCAGCAGAAGGUUUCCAUCCCGAUCACGGGAGGCCUGGAUGUGGUUGCCAUGUUGACAGAUGAUGCCACAGUUGCCACCUGGAAUAACGAGGGGCUGCCCAGUGACAGGAUGUCGAUUGAAAACGCCACUAUCCUGACACAUUGUGAACGCUGGCCCCUGAUGAUAGAUCCCCAGCAACAGGGAAUGAAGUGGAUCAAGAAUAAGUAUGGAACUGAUCUGAAAGUCACACAUGUGGGCGAGAAAGGGUUUUUGAAUGCUAUUGAAACUGCAUUGGCUUUUGGUAAUGUCAUCUUAGUGGAAAACCUCGAAGAAACAAUAGAUCCAGUUCUUGACCCACUGCUUGGCAGGAACACAAUUAAAAAAGGAAGGUAUAUCCGGAUUGGAGAUAAAGAAUGUGAGUUCAACAAGAACUUUCGCCUCAUUCUGCAUACAAAGCUGGCAAAUCCUCACUAUAAGCCAGAAUUACAAGCUCAGACAACCCUCCUCAAUUUCACCGUCACAGAAGAUGGUCUGGAAGCCCAGCUACUGGCAGAGGUUGUCAGUAUUGAAAGGCCAGAUUUAGAGAAACUUAAGUUGGCUUUGACCAAGCACCAAAAUGACUUUAAGAUUGAGCUGAAGCACCUUGAAGACGACCUCCUUCUGCGCCUUUCUGCCGCAGAGGGAAGCUUCCUCGAUGACACUAACCUGGUAGAGAGAUUGGAGACAACCAAGUCCACUGCAGCAGAGAUAGAGCUCAAGGUGAUUGAAGCCAAAGAAAAUGAAAGAAAAAUCAACGAGGCUCGAGAGUGUUACAGACCGGUGGCAGCAAGAGCGUCUCUUCUGUACUUUGUUAUUAACAACCUCAGAAACAUCAACCCCAUCUAUCAGUUCUCUUUGAAGGCUUUCAACAUGCUGUUCCAUAGAGCAAUCGAGCAGGCCGACAAGGUGGAAGACACGCAGGGGCGCAUCUCGGUCCUCACAGAGAGCCUCACUCGCGCUCUCUUCCUCCACACCGACCAAGCACUGUUUGAGAAGGACAAGCUCACCUUCCUAUCCCAGAUGGCUUUCCAGAUUUUGUUGAGAAAGCAAGAGAUCAACCCUCUCGAAUUGGAUUUCCUGCUUCGAUUCAAAGUUGAACACACUUAUUUGAGUCCGGUUGACUUCUUAACUACUCAAUCGUGGAGUGCUAUUAAGGCAGUCGCCCUUAUGGAAGAAUUUCAAGGCUUAGACCGAGAUAUAGAAGGAUCUGCCAAGCAAUGGAGGAAGUGGGUAGAAUCUGAGUGUCCAGAAAAAGAAAAGUUACCUCAAGAAUGGAAGAAGAAAAGCUUAAUACAGAAGAUGAUUAUUUUGAGAGCAGUGCGCCCUGACAGGAUGACAUAUGCUCUCAGAAAUUUUGUGGAGGAAAAACUUGGUGCAAAAUAUGUGGAGAGGACUAGGUUGGACCUAAGUAAAGCACUGGAAGAAAGCAGCCCAGCCACCCCAGUGUUCUUCAUCCUGUCCCCAGGAGUAGAUGCCCUUAAAGACCUAGAGAUGCUUGGCAAAAGGCUCGGGUUUACAAUUGACUCGGGAAAAUUCUACAAUGUGUCUUUAGGACAAGGUCAAGAAAUGGUGGCAGAAAUGGCACUAGAGAAAGCUUCCCGAAGGGGACACUGGGUCAUACUGCAAAAUGUCCAUUUGGUGGCCAAGUGGCUAGGAACCUUGGAGAAACUCCUGGAAGGAUUCAGCCAAGGAAGCCAUGAGGAUUUCCGGGUGUUUAUGAGUGCCGAGUCUGCACCUACACCAGAUGAGCACAUCAUCCCUCAAGGACUCCUGGAGAAUUCCAUUAAGAUCACCAAUGAGCCUCCCACAGGCAUGCUCGCCAAUUUGCAUGCUGCCCUGUACAACUUUAAUCAGGAGGCACUUGAGGUAUGCUCCAAGGAGCAGGAGUUCAAAAGCAUUCUCUUUUCUCUAUGCUACUUCCAUGCCUGUGUUGCGGGGAGACUAAGAUUUGGCUCCCAAGGCUGGAGCCGAAGCUAUCCUUUCAACCCUGGAGACCUUACCAUCUGUGCCCAUGUCCUCUACAACUACUUGGAGGCAAACCCUAACGUCCCAUGGGAAGACCUCCGUUAUCUCUUUGGUGAGAUCAUGUACGGGGGCCACAUCACAGAUGUCUGGGAUCGCAGACUGUGCCGGGUGUAUUUAGAGGAAUUCAUGAAUCCAUCCCUGACUGAAGACGAACUCAUGCUGGCACCGGGCUUUGCAGCCCCUCCCUAUCUGGAUUAUUCAGGCUACCACCAGUACAUCGAGGAAAUGCUGCCUCCAGAGAGUCCAACAUUGUAUGGCCUCCACCCCAAUGCUGAGAUAGAGUUCCUGACAGUGACGUCCAACACGCUUUUCAGAACUUUGCUGGAGAUGCAGCCCAGGAAUGCACUUGGCAGUGACGAACUGGGGCUGUCUACAGAAGACAAGGUUAAGAAUGUCUUGGAUGACAUUUUGGAGAAGCUUCCAGAAGAGUUCAACAUAGCAGAGAUAAUGCAAAAGACCUCAAAUAGAAGCCCGUAUGUCCUUGUUUGUUUCCAAGAAUGUGAGAGGAUGAAUAUUCUCAUUCGGGAAAUUCGUACAUCACUUGAACAAUUAGAACUUGGAUUAAAGGGGGAGCUGACAUUAUCUCCUGAUGUGGAAGCCCAGCAGACUGCACUGAGCUACGACAGAGUUCCACACACCUGGAGCAAACUGGCUUCCCCAUCUACAUACGGCCUUGCCCAGUGGUUUAACGACCUCCUCUUGCGCUGCCGAGAACUGGACACUUGGACCCAAGACCUUGUCCUUCCAGCUGUUGUGUGGCUUCCUGGCUUCUUCAAUCCUCAGUCCUUCUUAACUGCAAUCAUGCAGUCCAUGGCUCGAAAAAACGAGUGGCCACUGGACAGAACAUGCCUGACCGUGGAUGUUACCAAAAAAGCAAAGGAAGAUUACAGCCACCCGCCGAGGGAAGGCGCGUACCUCCACGGACUCAGCAUGGAAGGUGCCAGAUGGGACAUUCAGUCUGGAACCAUCGUUGAAGCCCGUCUCAAGGAGCUGACAUCCACGAUGCCAGUCAUCUUUGCCAAAGCCAUACCCAUGGACAGACAAGAAACCAAACACACCUAUGAGUGCCCUGUGUACAAAAACAAAACGAGGGGCUCCACCUACAUCUGGACCUUCAGGCUGAAGAGCAAGGAGAAGACAGCUAAGUGGGUGCUGGCAGGUGUGGCUCUGUUGCUAGAAGCAUAAGGUGGCUCUCGUACUGGGACUGCUGUUGCUCCAGCCUGUGCCAGAACAGUAAGCAUCUCCUACUGUCACUACACCGGUUCCUAUUCAUGUAUUCUACUGAAGGGCAUAAAACAUUUCCGCUUAUGUCAUUUCUUAGUAACUUACAUACAUGUGCAUUCAGUUUUUAAAACAGUAUCCUUAAACAGUGGAGAAUGGGACAGAAAGACAAAGAAGCAAA